AUCCGACUUGCUGGCUGGAUUUAAAGCACCCAGCGGUGCUGGAGCCCGAGCGGACCGAUGAGCUCAUCUCCGCUUUCUGCCUACGGGGGCGUUAAAGAUGCGACGGGCGGCGGACCGGGUCAAGGUACCUGUCUCGGAAUCACCCAGGCUCGCUCGGUCUGAUUGAUCCGACGACGCCGACCGGUACAGGGCUGUUUCUCCCCCCCCCCCCCGCCACUCCUCGUCUUUUCUCCAUUCUUUCUCUGGAAAUUGGAAGCGCCACCUGCAGCCUGGGGAUGGAUAACUAUUCGGCUCUGCAACUCCAGUGUCUGGAAAUGACAACAAAAAGGAAGCUGAUUGGCCGGCUGGUGCCAUGCCGUUGUUUUCGCGGGGAAGAGGAAGUCAUCUCGGUGUUGGACUACUCCCACUGCAGCCUGCAGCAGGUCCCCAAGGAAAUCUUUAGCUUUGAGAGAACUCUGGAGGAACUCUACCUGGAUGCCAACCAGAUUGAGGAACUCCCCAAGCAACUGUUCAGCUGCCAGGCCUUAAAGAAGCUGAGCAUGCCUGAUAACGACCUCUCCAACCUUCCAACUACAAUUGCCAGCCUGGUUAACCUGAAAGAGCUUGACAUCAGUAAAAAUGGUAUCCAGGAGUUUCCAGAUCAUAUCAAAUGUUGUAAAGGCCUGUCAGUGGUUGAGGCCAGUGUCAAUCCCAUCACCAAGCUCCCAGAUGGUUUUACGCAGCUCCUGAAUCUGACUCAGCUCUUCUUAAACGAUGCCUUCCUGGAGUACUUGCCAGCUAACUUUGGCAGGUAAUUCCAUGCAUGUGGAGAGGUUGGAUCUGGUAGCAAUGAAUUCUCUGAAGUGCCCGAGGUGUUGGAGCAGAUUCACAAUCUAAAGGAGCUGUGGAUGGACAACAACUCUCUACAGUCCAUACCAGGGUCACUAGGAAAACUUCGCCAGCUGCGCUACUUAGACUUAGCUAAGAAUCGUAUUGAGAAUUUGGACACGGAUGUUUCAGGUUGUGAGGCCUUAGAGGAUCUUUUGCUCUCCUCCAACAUGCUUCAGCACCUCCCUGACUCUUUAGGAAUGUUAAAGAAGCUGACAACACUGAAAGUGGAUGACAACCAGCUGACCUCACUGCCCGGAACCAUUGGGAGUCUUUGUCUGUUGGAGGAACUGGACACUAGCUGUAACGAGUUGGAGUCACUGCCUCCAACCAUUGGCUACUUGCACAAUCUUAGGACCUUUGCUGCCGAUGAGAACUUCCUCAUAGAACUUCCUCGAGAGAUCGGUAACUGUAAGAACGUGACGGUGAUGUCACUCCGAUCCAACAAGCUGGAGUUCCUCCCCGAUGAGAUCGGACAGAUGACCAAACUACGAGUCCUAAACCUUAGUGACAAUAGGUUAAAGAAUCUACCGUUCACCUUUACCAAGCUGAAGGACCUGGCAGCUCUCUGGCUUUCUGACAAUCAGUCCAAGGCUCUGAUCCCCCUACAGACAGAAGCCCACCCCGACACCAAACAGAAGGUUUUGACCAACUACAUGUUUCCUCAACAACCUCGUCACGAUGAGGAUUAUCAGUCGGACAGCGACAGCUUUAAUCCGACUCUGUGGGAGGAGCAGAGACAACAGAGGAUGACUGUGGCCUUUGACUUUGAGGACAAGAAAGAAGAGGAAGACAACUCCGGGAAGGUCAAGGUGGAGAUCAACCUAAAACGUUAUCCUACACCCUAUCCCGAGGACUUGAAGAACAUGGUCAAGUCAGUGCAAAGCCUCGUGGGUAAAAAUGUUCACACGGGCCAUGGGCACCAGCACCAGCACCAGCACCAUCUUAGCACAGGCACUGCCACCUCAGCAGGAACCAACAUGGAACUUACACACCAUAGUAAAGAAGCGUACGAACCACCGUGGCCCCUGCCUCCCAAAGAGGUAACAGACCGAGAGAUGCAGGACUUCUCUCAGACUCAGCUCAUGGAUCAGGGACCGAUGCAUAACUCUGGCAUUGACAUCCCAAAGAGGAAGGACAAAGAGGAGCUGACGGAGAGCUCAGAGGACUCAAUGGGCGGCUCGCCCAACGACAUCCGCAUCUCCGACAUGAGGCCCACCCUAGUGGAGCCGCCCAUGUACAAACCCAAGGUGGUGCUGCUCGGCAAGGAUAAGAAAGAGUCUACAGACGAAGAGGUGGAUAAGCUCCACUGUCUGAACCACAGCGGCUCCUCGGCCACCUACUCCGAUUACUCUCCCUCGGUCGGCUCCUCUGGCUCGUCCAACCCACCCGCUAACACUCACUCCCACCCUCACCCUCACUCUCACGCGCACCAACACAACCCUGUCAACAAAGACCCGAAUCCUCAAACACACUGGACCAACAGGUUGGCCCAAUCCUUCCCUAAACCCAUUGAGACCAAGCCCCUGCUGUCACAAAGAGAAACUCCACCGUCAGGGACCAUGCAGCAACGUGGAGACAGGCGUCCCUUAAGCGAGCCUUUCGACUGGGCCGAAGCCCCUCACUACGACAACACCGGAUUCGAUGCCGAGGAGUCUCCCCUCGACCCGUCCUCGUCCAAAAGCAGCCAGGGGAACCCACCGCUGGGUUCCAAACCUCGAAGCCAGUCCACCCACGGCCGCCGUCCUCUCAUGAGGCAAGAACGAAUCGUAGGCGUCCCCUUGGAGUUGGACGCGCAGACGCUCCCCUUUCACAGCAACCAACGCUCCACGCAUGACAACGAAGCCCAGGCUUCUGCACAAGCAUCCCAGAAUCCUUGGCAGAAUUGGACCCGAACCCCAAGCCCCUUGGAAGACAGGACGGCCUUUCCCUCCAAAUUGGACCUUACGCCGACCUCGAGCCCCAACCCGGACCGCAAGGCGCCAGACCAAAGGCGGGAGCAAUCAUCCGGGCCUCUUCCCGGUAGUUGGUCAUACCAUAACAAUCAGGCGGAGCAAAACAGAAAGGACCAGCUCACUGUCACCGGGGGCAACAAGGUAACCGUGGUCAUGAGUAAAAGCUCUGAGCGGCUGUCUCCCAUGAUGAAAGAAACAAGGUCCAGGUUUAAGAAAUCCCAGAGCAUCGACGAGAUCGACAUUGGCGCCUAUAAAGUAUACAGUAUUCCCAUGGACAGCUACAGCGCCUCCAUUGAGCAGCAGAGCAGUUUGGACCGACAAGAGCUGCCUGGUUCCAUGGAGCAGACCAACAUGGCUCGCUCCCAGUCCGCACCGAUGUUAGACGAGGAACUUGGAUUCCCGGCGCAUGGCAACCAGAACCAGCAGGGACACAACCAAACCCCUGCAGUCCCACAUAAAGCCUACCACUUUGACCAAAACUACAAUCCCCAGGUGAGCGUGGACAGACGGGCUCCUCCCCCUUUCCCCAAUACACCCGAUUAUGUCAACCACUCAUCAAAAGCAUCGGAGUACGGCAAUCAACCUGGAAAGACAUUACCCAAGGAGUUGGUGAGCCCUCGGUAUCGUGCUUACCCACCGCUGGAGAUGUUCUCCUUCCCCCAAGCGCCGAUCAGUCAGGAUGGUUCCACCAAUCAGCAUCAGCAUCAUCAGCAGCAGCAUCAGCAGCAGCAGCAGCAGCAGCAGCAGCAUCAUCAGCAACAGCAGCAUCAGCAGCAGCAGCAGCAGCAGCAGCGGCAGCAGCAGCAGCAGCAGCAGCCAAUCCCAUCGCAGCGUUCGAGGCCAGGGUUUUUGAGGAGAGCAGACUCACUGGUGAGCUCUACCGAACUGGCUCUGUUCCGUAGAGUCCACGAAGCCCAGCAGGAGGCCCUGCAGGAAGCUCAGUACAGACAGCAACAUCAGGGGGAACCUCCCCUCUAUAGUCGGGCCCUGGCUUAUUCCAGCCCCAUGGAGCAUUCUGACAACCAAAUGAUGCACAACAAGAGAAAUGGACGCUACGAUGACGAUUAUCCCAACUACCAGGAACAGAAGAAACCCAUGAUUGGUUACCCGACCAAGAGCUUGACUCAACGGCGCCCACUGUCCGCUAGAAGCUACAGCACUGAGACCUAUGGAGCAUCUCAGGCACGUCCCGUCUCGGCUCGUCCCACCAUGGCGGCUCUCCUGGAGAAGAUGCCUCCCGACUAUACUCUGGCAACCUGCCCGGAGAAGCCAUCUGACGACACGGUCAAGGUACGACCCGUGGUGCCGCAGAAGCCCGAAGACAUCACCUCCAAGAUGCCCGCCGACUGGAGGCAACAGCUGCUGAGACACAUUGAGGCCAAACGCCUGGACAGGAGUGGUGUCCUAAAGCACAAUACGCUCACGCUGGGCAUGCUCUGUCAGGGCGGGGGUCACGGCCAGGGGCGCAGCAGCACUUUGAACUUUAACCUUUACAAUAACACUAAGCAUGAGCCCCCUGCUGGCCGCUGGCUGCCACUACCUCCUCCUCCUUCUGCUGCUGCUGUUACCCCCUCCCAACAGGCUGCCAUGCUGGACAAUGACCAAGAGGGCGUGUCAGGAAGCAAUCAAUGGGCUCCGUACUCACUCGCAGGACGAGACGUUCCGCCGACAACCUGGUGUGAAAAGGCACAGGGAGCCCACUCUCACAACACCAUGGUGGCCACUUCCUCAUCCUCUUCCACCACGCCUCAUCGGAUGGUUGGCCAACAGGGCUACGAUGGCGGGAUGCUGAACAAGGCGCUCCAGUAUCAGCCAGGGAUGCCUUUGUCGCUCGUUCCCUCUGGGGGGCAGUAUCAAGGAAAUGUGCCUCAGGCGCUUAACACUCCUGGCCAGGUGUACUCAAGCGCGGGCCUUCCCAUGGCGGCAAACCAAGUCCAGUACAACCUGCAUACGUCCCACGCGUCACAUCAAACUCCGCAUCCUCCCAACAACCCACAGUACCAUAGCAACCAAGGAAUGGUCCAUAGCAACCAGGUUGUGGUGACCACUCACAGCAACAUGCGGCCUCAGAGCGCUCGCUGUCUUCUCCAAACCAAAGGCCAGAAGAGCACCGAUGGCUUCCAAGAACAGUUGUGUGUGCGAAUAGAGAAGAACCCCGGUCUUGGUUUUAGUAUCUCUGGCGGCAUCAGCGGUCAGGGGAAUCCCUUCAAACCCUCCGACAUGGGUAUCUUUGUUACUAGGGUACAGCAUGAUGGGCCUGCUGCAACUUCCUUGCAGCCUGGAGACAAGAUACUACAGGCUAAUGGACAUAAUUUUUUACACAUGGAACAUGAGACAGCCGUCUCUCUGCUGAAGAGUUUCCAAAGGACGGUGGACUUGGUGGUUCAGAGACUGCAGCACCCCCUCCCCUAAAAAUAUGAAAACAAAUGAGCAAACGCACCGCUCACCACCCCAGCCGCCCUCUUCUGGAGGCUGCUGGAACUGAAUUGGAGCC